GACCAAACUUGGACAUAAAUACUAGUAUAGGAGCUUGUGUACCACGAUAACCUUGCACCCUUCACUCUUGAGAAGCGUUCGAAGGACCAGCGUUGUUCGCAGAUACGUAUCUUUGUGCCUGUCAAGCCCACAGAUCCCAUCAUGGUUGAGCCCCUUUCCGUCGAGGAGCCCCCUGCCUACCCCAAACCAGGCCCUUCAAGAGCGGGUAGCUUUUUGUUCAGGACAUACCUUACUUUCCUGUCCCUUUGUGCCGUGGCUGCACUCAUCCUCGCCGCCAUCUCAACGCACAGAACCAGAGAGCUCGAUGUCUUCAAAUCCUCACUUUUCGUCACCGAUCUGGUUCGUAUAUUCAACAGCACAGCAUAUGCCAUAUCAGAUACCUCUUCUUAUGACUCUGAAUGCGGCGCCCAUCCCGCGGAAAGGUUUACUGGCCAGACAACCCUCCCCGGCCAGUGUGUCACUGUUCCAGACAGUCUUACCUUGUGGGUGACCAGACUUGCAGACAACUGUACACCCUAUAUCUAUGCACAGGAGAACUGCACUGGUGCUUGGAAAGGUAUCGAACUACUUGGCACUCCCGCGUGUAUUGUUGGCGCCGGUGAAGGGGACUUGGCCGGUUCUGAGGGUGAUCAAUUUAGGAGCUUUCAGAUAUCAUGUACUUAGAGAGAUGGUUGGAUUGAACUAGUAAGCAUCAGCGAUUGCUACUAGAGACUGGGGUCAAGAACAAUGAAUCUGGGCAUCGCGGUGAUAAGGGC